AUGAUUAAAAGACCUCCUGUCCCUAAAUUUCAUGAAGAAUGCAAUACUCCUAAAAGAAAUUAAGACCUGUACGAAUUAAUCUCAGAUAUUGUUUUCAAAAUGAAUCUUGAUGAUCAAGUUGAAAAAAAAUCAAUCUCCAUUUUAAAUGUUUUAUCCAUACCUAAUUCACAUAUCCAUGCUUAAGCUCUUAUCUACUAUGCUAUGAAAGAAUUAUAAUACAAACUACCUCAAACUGAUGAAAAAAUCCAAUAUUUAGCUAAAUGUAUUCAAUAACAACAUUCAACUUUAAUAACAACUCUCUGUUAAAAACUCAAAAUAGACUCACAAGCUACUACUGUUUGUGUUACCUUAUUAAGAUAAAUGUAGCCUCUCAUUUAAAAAUUACCUAAAUCUCUUUAAAAUGCUAUUGCAGUAAAAAUAGCCACUGAUAUCAUAUAUCUCAAUUAAGGUGCCAUCAAUAUCAAAUUAAUUGCUAACUUAGCCAAUAUCACUCCAGAACAAUUACAUUCCAGCAUUAAUAGAAUCAAACCAUUUGCUUUCUAAAUUAUCUAAGAUCUAUUCAACUAUUUUAAUCAUCAUUCUAUUUGAAUUUUUUUAUGUUUAUUCUAUAUAAAUCUCUUAGGCCC